UUGUCAGUCAACUCAUGCCAGCACUCUCCACGUCUGCCGCUUCUACACACCCUCAUUACAUGUAUCUGUCUGGACUGAUCUGCUCAUCUGUUCAGGGACUCUCCUGAGAAGUCAAAAAUUUUGCCUUCUCUCUGCUCUGGAAUUGGAUCAAAUCACCUCAGCUUUUUUUUGUGGCCCCACCAGGAGGCUUUUUGCUUAUGGUCUCAUUCUGUUUUCCUUCACUACUUGUCUGUUUUUGAUUUCUAGAAUGGAGGAAGCCGAAUUGCUGAAAGAAAGAUUCCAGGCCAUAACAGACAAAAGAAAACUGCAAGAAGAAAUUACACAGAAACGUCUAAAAGUGGAAGAGGAAAAAAUGAAACACCAACACUUAAAGAAAAAGGCCUUAAGAGAAAAAUGGCUCUUGGAUGGCCUUAGUUCUCUCACUCCAAAAGAACAAGAAGAAAUGCAAAAGCAGAAUCAGGAGGACCAACAACGGACUCGUGAGCUGGAACAAGACAUUUUCAG